AUUAAGCUAAUCGGUAUUUACCGAUGAAAUUUUUAAUUAUUGACCGGAACGCCAAAACAUUUGAAUCACGGCUACCUUGCCGCAUCACAAUCCCUCUAGGAUACGGACCGGACGAUGGCAAGAUUGUCGAGUAGAUCCUCUGGACCAGAAGAAGCUUGGCGGUGAGUAUGAUGUUGGUGGACCAUGUCUUAUCGGACCUUAUCAGGGACAAAGUUUAAUAUCAUGUGCUUGCCCCGACCCUGUCACGGAAUCCGAUUCAGCAGGGCCUGAAUAAAAGAACGCUGAAACAGGGAACUCGUAACAGCUUCGAAGCGAAGCGAACCAGGAAGUAACCAUCUGCAGUUAUUGGUCCUUUUACGAGGUGCCUGAAAUUUGAAAUGAAUUUUCCAAGCCUUCUUCUGCUGGCCCUUGUGGCAGGAAUCGCAGACUCGCACAGGAUUGCUCAGCCGCCUGCAGCACCCGAAGAGUCAUACAGCACCACCACCCUCCAGCCACCACCUCCGACAUCCACAACCUGCACUACAACAAAUGCUCCCGCUAUUGCAACAUCAACAACCUGUUUUACAACAACCCGUACCACACCAACAACAGCCUGUAACACAACACCCUGUACUACAAGAACAACAACCUGCGGCACAACACCCUAUACCACAACAACAACAUCCUUUCCUACAACAACAACCUGCGGCACAACACCCUAUACCACAACAACAACACCCUGUACUACAACAACCUGCGGCACAACACCCUAUACCACUACAACAACACCCUGUACUACAACAACAACCUGCGGCACAACACCCUAUACCCUAGGAUAGGUGUAACAUGUAUAUCACCCUGUAUCCUAACCAACAGUCAUGCACUCAAUAUACAGCAAUCUAAUAAAGCUUAUUUCAAAAUUCCA